AUGCUUCAACCGCAGAUAUUGACCGCGAGGCAACAGCAAGAGUUGAAUAAAGCAAUUAUUCAGUAUAUAAAGCCUAUAGCCGAAGAAGCAAAUGAUGGUGAUUUAAUCCAAAAACUUUCAGAAAGCUUAGAUGUCCCGUUAGGCUCCAUUGAUGACAGUGUUAUUCCUAACUAUCUAGAAAAGAAAUGGUCAACAGUACUAAGACUACAACACAAGAUUAUUGAUUUAGAGGGUGAAGUAAGUAACUUGAGGACGGUUAUUGAUUCACAACAAAUAGUUCCGUCGGCAUCAGCAUCUGUUAUUGGUAAAGAUAAGAUUAAUUGGUUACCUAGCUCAUCUAUAAAAGCUUUCAAAACGCAGUCACAUCAGUUGGUACAAUCCGUAUCGAUUCACCCAGCUCUUCCAAUAAUACUUGGGGGAUGUUCCGAUGGUUCACUCAUUAUAUGGAAUUUAGUUAAUGAUGAAUCUUUAAUUCCUGAGAAAAUAAUUAAAGCGCAUAUAAGAGGUGUAAACACCAUAGCUUGGUCCAAAAAGCCAGUAGAUUUAUCAGGCAAAGGUAGUGAAGCCAAAGGCAUUGCUCAUGUUAUGGCAACUUGCUCCUCUGACUUAUCAAUUAAGAUUUGGGAUGGAGCUACAUUUAAGCAUAUAAGAACUUUAACAGGACAUGAACAUACCAUUUCAUCUAUCGUGUUUUCAGCUUCAAAACCUAAUAUUCUUUAUUCAGUGUCUCGUGACAAGUCUGUUAAAGUAUGGGAUUUAGUGAAUGGAUAUUGCAUCAAGACUUUCAUUGGGCAUAGUGACUGGGUUAGGGAUAUAGACGUCAUUAGUGUUAAUUCAAAUCUCUUACAGGAGCAACUGGAUAUUAAUCCAGAACUUGGUGACUUUUUAGUUACAUGCUCUAAUGAUCAAUCAAUCAGGUUAUCGCAUGCGGAAUCAGGAACCGGUUUAUCACUUUCAAUUGGCCAUACUCAUGUAAUUGAAUGUGUCAAGUUUUUGCCUUUCCAUUCAAACUAUAUCAUAGACAAGUACAUUAAAGAAAACGAAUCACUUUUUCCAAAUAUAUCACCAGAGGUUCUCGAUGACCCGAAUUAUACAAAUUUAUUAGGAUAUAAGUACUGUAUAUCUGGUGGCCGUGAUAAUAGUGUUAAAUUAUGGCUUUUACCACCCCCAGUUUUCAGGCCGCAUAGACAUCCUCUUCCUUCUCAAUUAAACAACUCCCAGGGGUGGUUGAUUGCAGAUUUAGUAGGCCAUCAAUCGUGGGUUAAAUCUUUACAUAUACACCCAAAUGGAAGAUUUGUAUUCAGUGGGAGUGAUGAUAAAACGAUUAAGAUCUGGGAUCUUUCCAGUUUGAAUGUUAACGGUAGGGUUAAGUGUGUAAAAAACUUAAUUGGUCAUGAAGGCUUCGUAAAUGAUAUAGAGUUUGCAAGCUUUGAAAUUACGAAUAAUAUCCAUGCUUCGAAGACAGCGGACGAUGGUAAAACAAAGACAGAAGAAGAUAGACGCAACGAAUUAAUGAAAUCAAUAGAGUCCAAAAUAAGAUGCUUGUUUAUAAGUGGAGGAGUGGACAAUUGUAUAAGGUUAUGGAGUUGA